AUGACCCUUAUUAUUGAACAAUAUGGUUGCAUCAGAGUGGAUGUCGCCAGAAAGUCUCAUUCCAUUCAAAACCCGGCGACAGAAACAGUGUGGCGCAACGCGUCUUCGCCAAUUAUAAUUACUCUGCAACCGACUUUUCCCGGCUCGUCUGUUUUGCGGCAAUUCACGGCGGGUUGAGGUCGCUGAAACAAUACAAGACGGUCGGCUCGUCUUCUCCGGAAAUAUCGCCAAGGACGCCGCUUUGUCGAGAACUUGUAUGGCCGAUUACCGUGUUGCCAUCCUAUUAUGGGCAGUCAACUGCCUCGUAUUGAUGUUACCGUAA